AUGAUCAAUUUCCGAAGGCUGCCGGCCGUUGCUUAUUUCCAUAGAUACACGAUUGCCACUUUUAUUCUAAUCUUAUUCUACAUAGUUUAUCUUCUGUUCCGAUGGAAUUUCAUUUGCACAAAUGCACAAACCUGGAUCCACGUUAAUCGAAUAUGCGAUCUCUUUGAUAAAGGCAAGGCUGUUGGCUCUAUAUGCGCCCCGUUGUGCACGAAUAACGCAAUCCACACAUUAACUUGUCACUCUUUCAAAUCGACGAAAGAGGCUGUUUUUAGUGGGGAAUGGCAUCAAACCAGACUGGUUUUCAAAACUGCUUCCUCUGAUGUACAGGAGCUGCACUGGUAUGACAAUGGAGUCCUCAAGUAUCCUUCAGAGCGUGAGUUUCUUGCCACUGCUAAAGCUAUAGUUAAAAGCAAGCUUAACAUCACCUUGCCUCAAGAAACGGCUGUAAGAUUGACUAGACUGAAACCGAAUUAUGUAGAAAGUGAUGUUCGAAAGAGGCAAAAGGAAAUGGACAACAUUUGGGUUCUACUCCAAGACAAUGAGUAUCUUUUAUCGAAUAUUUUUACUGAACGAGAUAUAUUCCCUCAGCUGCUGGGAACAUGCGGGCCUUAUUUCGCUGUAGAGUACAUGGAUCCGAUCCAAGGAAUUUCCUCGAUCCUUUCCUUCGCUGAAGACAAAGAGGAAUGGAGCGUGCGACUCCGUACUGCUAUUCAAAUAAUAGAAUUGAUCGAGGAAAUGGAAAACGGCUUCCAGGAGCCGUUCCAUUUAUGUGAUAUUAAGCUAGAACACUUUGGAAUCGUCAAAGGCGGAUCCCGACUAAAAUUCAUCGAUUUGGUUGGUGUUUAUCCCAGAUCGGCAAUAAACAAUUUGAUUAAAGACACGGACGGCUGCAAUAGCGACGAGGAUUGCGAGUUCCUAGACUGUCGUUCCAGGUGUCACAAGAGCAUUAACAAAUGCUCGAGGAAAGUAACGAACAACAAUUUGCAAAUAAUUUGCGAGAAAAUAUUUUUGGGUUGGCGAAUGUCGAAUACCGUCUUAAUACCUGGUUUACUGAUGACACCAGAUACACCCAGCGAAUUGGCCAGCAUCCUCAGACAAUGUGCGAAUCCGAAAAACGAACCGGGAAAACCUAGAGAAUCGCCGGACGAGGACACCAAGAAACGCUUAUAUAACAUCCUGGUGGAAAUAGAACAGUCCGUCACAAACGAUUUUUACUUAUAACGUUUAUUAAAAGAAACUUGUUUACAUGUUGCAUAAUUUCAACAGUGACAUACUUAAAAAUGCUAAAACGCUUUAACAGUGCAAAAAUAUAUGU